AUGGCAACGGACGCCACGGAAACUAAGCAUGACAUGCUUUUAGAGGUAACCGAAUCCAAAGGCCCAGAGAGGAGGCGACAGGGCAAAUUCCAGCCCUUCAGACGACUGUUUGGGAAGAAGAAGAAAAGGGAGGCGAAGGGGGGCUUUGAUGGAGCGGAGCUAAAGGCGAGUUUUUCUACUGGGGAAGUGUGCAAUGGAGUCGUGUCUGACGAUGAGGAGUCUGAUCAGAAUCUGAGGGACUUGAAUCCCAUUGGAUCUCGAGCUCUGUCCCACGACAGCAUCUUCAUCCCAGAGGAGCCGGUGAAGGAGUCCGGUCCAAACCACAGCAUGUCGCAGGAAAACGUGUCGGAUAAAGUUAGGAAUCUGCAGAGGCAGAUAGCACAAGGUAUAAAGUUUGGCCAGAGGCCUCCGUCUCUGAGGAGGAGUGAGGGAGAUGAGGGCAGCUCGGAUGAGGAAGAGGUUCCCCGAAGCCCUCUGAAGGUUUUGGCCCAAGUCGAAGCCGAGCCACCAAAAACAGAGCCAAAGCAGGGGGCUCAGCCAUCCGGACCACACAGUACCCCGGUGAAGUCGCCGAGGUCCAAACGAGUUCUUCCACCGACCGGUACAAUCGAGUCCAUCAACCUGGAUGCCGUCCCGCAGUCCGUUCCUCGCUUAGACAACACCGCCGCCAAGCAUAAACUCUCCGUCAAACCGAAGAACCAGAGGAUUUCCCGCAAACAUCGACGCUUCACACAGGACCUCCAAGAUGUUUCUAUUCCUGGUGUGGUGCAGGAGGACAUGGAGGCAGCAGGCGUCUCCACAGUCGACCAUCGCAGAGCUUCUGUUGAGUCCCUGGAAAGCUUCAAGAAACAGAGACUCCAUGAGGAGGAAAGACAGGAGGCGAGGAGGAGAGAGCUGGAGGAGCAGAGGCUCAGACUGGAGGAAGAGGAGAGGAGGAGGAGAGCAGAGGAGCUGAGGCUUCGUGAACUGGAGGAGGAGAGAUGUCGCAGGCAACAGCAGGAAGAGGAGGAGAGGAGGAGGAGGGAGGAGGAGGAGAGGAGGAUCAGAGAAGAAGAAGAAAGGAGGCAGCGAGAGGAGGAAGAACGAAUCAGGAGGGCGGAGGAGGAAAGAAGGAUGCGAGAGGAGGAGGAGCGUCGGCAGCGAGAGGAGGAGGAGGAGAGAAGGAAACGACUGGAGGAGCAGAGGAGGAAAGAGGAAGAGGAGAGGAGGCGAGAGGAGGAGGAAAGGAGGAAAAAGGAGGAGGAGGCGAAGAGGCAACAGGAGCUCGAGGCCGAGAGAAAGAGGAAGCUAAAAGAGGAGGAAGAGGAAAGAAGGAAGGAGGAAGCAGAGAGACUGAAGUUGUGGGAGAUGGAGGAAAAGAAAAAACUGGAAGCAGAGGAGAGAAUGAGAAAAGAGGAGGAGGAGGAGCAGAGGAGGAUGUCAUUAGAGGAGACUGAUGGAAGUUCUGACCCGCAGGAGAGGAAGAGGAGGGCUGAGGAGCUGCGCUGGAAAGAGAUGGAGGAGAGACAGAGGCCUUUCUCUUUCAAAGUUUCCUCUGGCGAGAAACAGAUUCUGUUCCAGAAGGUCAACCUGACACCUGUUACGCCGGCGUCCAGCCACCAGAGCGCUGCUGUCGCUGAUCAAAGAGAAGGAGCUAAGGCUUCCUCCUCUGAAGCACCAGACUCCCCAAACCUGCCAACGUCUCCAUAUGUCCCCCACACAGCUAUCUUAGUGACGGGCGCCCAACUCUGCGGGACAGCUGUCAAUCUAGACCAGAUCAAAGACACUGCAUGCAAAUCCCUGCUGGGUUUGGGAGAGGAUAGAAAGGCCCAGGGAACACCGCCGACGAAGAGCAAGACCUCUCCCGACCGCAAAUCUGGAAAAACCAAAUCGCUCAACGAGUCAGCCCUCUCCACUGACCAGUCCAGUGCAGCCGUCCUGGCAGAAUGGGCAAGCAUCAGAUCAAAGAUAUUCAAGGGGGUGGAGGAGGGGAAGUAUGACGAGUACCCAGAACCGAGCAGGAACCAGCCUCAGCCCAGCCCCGAAGAACAGCCUGCGUUUGCUCACACGAACCUCAGGAAGACCAUGUCUGCCAGCGCCAAGUUCUCCAUCACCCCCGCAAAGAAGAAGUUUGGAGAUUCAAACAGGAACUCUGAGGUGUUUGUUCCAGAUGACAAGGAAGCAGGAGAGGAAACGACUCCAUCUGAAAGCCCCACCCCACCAUCUCCAGCUCCAAGCAGUAAACCUCAGACCAGGACAAUUAAAACUGUACGCAUCGUAGAAAGAGGUUCAGAGGAGUGUAUGUUUGCCAAAGAUCUCCCCUCUUUCCUGGUUCCCAGCCCCGGAGCCAAACCCGAGGGGGCAGAGUUGAAGAGCAGAGUUCACAGUGAGACGGACGCGUCUGAAAGCAGAGAGGAGGCAGAGGAGCGAGGCCAGGACGGCGAGGAUAAACCGUCUCCGUUUGGCAUAAAGCUGAGAAGGACCAACUACUCGCUGCGUUUCCACAGCGAACAGUCCACAGAGAAAAGGAAGAAGCGCUACAGUGCCGGGGACAGCUUCGACGGCGUCCCUUCACCUCUCACCCCCAUCGAGCCAGACUCUGAUGCCUCCUCUGUCUUCUCUGACAAAUCCAGUCCCUCGUCGCCUCAGAAAGAGGGCGCGGUCGGCAAGUACUUACAAGCCUCUGCCUCCCCUCGGGGUAAACUGGGUAAGUCAGCCAGCACGACUGCACACGGUGAAAGCGAGAAAGUGAUUUCAAAGCCGCCGGUUUACCGAAGACCAACGACGUCACCCAAACCUAUUGGUGCAGUCCCAACGCCUCCUCCGUCGCCGCUUCCUAAGGCGGUCCACGGGCCUCCCAGUGACGACAUGAGCCAGAGGACGGGAGGCGCAGAUUCGCCCAGCCAGGAGCAGCCGAGCAGGAGCGAGGAGCCGUCAGCGGUGGCCCAGCUGCACCGGAGCAGCCAGGGUCAAGCUCAUGGGGAGGAGGAGCCGAAAGAGAAGAGAUCAUUCUUCCCCUCCAUUAACAUACCCUGGAGAGAGAAGGCGGACAGAAAGACGGAGCUCCUCAAGAGAGAAAAACCAUCACUACAGAGCCGGCACUCGCUGGACAGUGCAAGGGUCCAGGAGAAGGAGGCCGGGCCCUUAUGGAUCACUCUGGCUCUGCAGAAGCAGAAGGGCUUCAGGGAGCAGCAGCAGAACCGAGAGGACCGUCGCAGCCAAAGAGAGGCCAAACUGGCAGAAAAACAAGCGAGAGACAGAGACAGAGACAGUGUUACGCUGGUGAGCCCCACAGAGAGCAAAGGAAGCGGCAGCACCAGUCCUUCUUCUAAACCUCAGACACCAGAGGAGCCCAAGAGACCCGACAGCCUCCUGGGACGAUUUGACCGCCGAGAACACCUGAAAAAGGCCAACACUUUACCGAGCUCUGUCACCGUUGAGAUUGCAGACUCCACGCCGUCGCCACCUGCUGUCAAGGAGGUGUCAAAGCGCUUCCCUUCCAGUGACUCUCCACAGGUGUCUACAGAGCCGGCCUGGCUGGCACUCGCCAAACGAAAGGCCAAAGCCUGGAGCGACUGUCCUCAGAUCAUCAAAUAACACCCCACCGCAGCUUCGCACAUGGCUCCAGCCGGCAUCGACACUGCACACUGCCCAUGGACUCUGAAGCACCUGGAGAGUCACCGUCACCUGCCCCCCCGACCCCUUCCCUCCACGUCUCAUCUCUCACCUUGAAAACCUCGUCCUGACUGUGAAACAAGUAAAGCCCUCCAUCACCUCCACACACUGGCUGGUACUAUUAUCAUGUUAAAGUGCGCUUCACAUUCAAAUAUUCCAAUACAAUCGCACAGAUAUAUGUAAACAAUUGUCGCGAGCAUGCACACAAAGUAUAUGUCCCCCAAAAGACCGAGUCCUCAGCAGCCAAUCACAGCCAUGGCUGGCCACUGCAAUAGCCAAUCCCGUUUUUUUUUUUGUUUUUUUUUAUUUUGUAGCCAACUGUGUCACCAUGGUUGUAAAUAAAUAAUUGGCUCAACACAACUUAACACUUCUUGUAUUAGCGAGGUGAAGCUCUGACGUAUGACAGUGUUUAAUCAACAGAGGGUAACUGUCUGAAUCGUGUUUUAAGGGCUACCAGUAAAAAUAAUAACUCAGCAUGACGCUGCUGAAUCUGCUUCUGGACAGCUGAUGGAAGUGUUACAGGCAUCUUCUCUGCCCUCCUGUGUAUUAUUUAUGUAAAGCUGCAGAUUUAUCUAUGUUGAAACUAUACUGUAUCUUUUCUCUGAGCCUUGUUUGUCAUGUACAAAAGACGCCUUUUUCUAAAAAAAAACGAAAAAAAAAACAACUCAUACUGGAAACUUUAGCAUAACAACUCUCACUGUGUCCGUGAUGACUGUGAUAGCUGCCCAAGAAGCUAUUGUACAAUUUUUUUUUGCCAUUAAAAAGUAACAGAAUCUGUCACGAACACACACGGUGGGUGCACCUAAACACAGCACUGAAGACCACAAGUGUUACUGGGCAUUUUACGGUGAACUGCAAGUCAUCCUUACAGCUGUGCGAUGACGCAGAUUUUAUUUAUUUUUUUUGCUUUGCUUAUGGAGACAGAUGCAACACCUGCUUGCUGUAACCUACGAUUCUUGUAGCUGUCCUCCUGUAACACACUUGUGUUUGUAGGCCAUCACUUCCUCUUAAAUGUGAUCUUACAUAAGCAUUUCCUCUAUGAACGAAAAAAAAAAAGAUCCAUUCUUAUUUCCAGACACUCACUUUAAUGAUCUGUAUGUAUUUAAGUAUGUACUGUAUGUAAGUCGAAGGCGUCACCAGAGCUGCGGUCGGAAAGAAGUCACUUUGUCAUUUCGUUUCUAACUUUGGUCGUGCACAAUAGUGUAGUGUACGCAGUGUUAUAUGUAACAACAACAAAAAAAAAAUGUUUGGUAUUAUUUGCACUUUUUUGUCCCACUUAGAGAUAUUCAUGAGAAAAUUCUUAAAGAGAUACAAAAUGUUAUGAAUAAUGUAAAUUAAAUACUGAUGUCUGAA